ACUCACUCCGCUGCGGAUCAGUCAAGUGUCUCUGAGCACAAGUAUUUGGAUGUUGCAGUUAAAGCAUUCCAGGACAGGCAAAAGCCUAGAGAUUGAUGAGUUUUGGCUACGGGAUCACUGUCGCUGCGGGGAGUGUCUCAACACAGAGACAAAUCAGCGACGUUAUGAUCUUCUGGAUUUGCCUGUAGAUGUGCACGUGCUAAAGCACAACUGGCAGACGACGGAGCAGUUCGUGGUGGAAUGGAGCGAUGGGCAUCGUUCGACUUACGACUGGGCAUUCAUCUAUGACUCGCAGGUUGAGCAGCUGAUAAGCCGGCGAACAAAGUCCACGGCGCUGACGCCCUGGAACCGCUGCAUUGUGCUACAGAACGAGCGGCAUUUGCGCUUCGCACUGCCGGCGCUGGUGGCCAGCGAUGAGCAGGUCAAGCAGCUGAUAGCCGCGCUGGUGCGCUAUGGCAUCGUCUUUAUAGAUGACGUGGCGGCCACGCCCACAAUGACUGAGCUGGCGCUCCGCCGUUGCUUUCCGCUGAUGAAGACCUUCUUUGGCGAGAUGUGGACAUUCAGCGAUAAGCGGGACCAUGCGGACACGGCAUACACACAACUCUAUUUGGGCUCACACACGGACAACACAUACUUUUGCGAUGCAGCUGGGCUGCAGGCGCUGCACUGCAUCGAGCAUGCCGCUGACGGCACAGGCGGCGAGAACUUCUUUGUUGAUGGGCUGCACGUGGUGCACGAGCUGCGUCGCCGCUUUCCCGAAGCCUACGAACUGCUGUGUCGCGUGCCAGUGCCAGCUGAAUACAUCGAGCAGGGCGAACAUCAUUGCCACACGGCGCCCAUCAUACGCAUCGAUCCGCUUACCGGCGCGCUGCUCCAGCUACGCCUUAAUGUAUACGAUCGCGCUGUCUUCAACACGCUGCCCCAACGUGAGAUGGCCAACUUCUAUGCCAGCCUGCGCCAGCUGCUGCAGCUGGUGCGCGACGAGGAGCAACAGUGGCAGCUCAAGCUGCUGCCUGGCAGCAUUGUCAUCUUUGACAAUUGGCGCGUGCUCCAUGGCCGCCACACCUACACGGGUCGUCGCACAAUGAGCGGCGCCUAUGUGCAACGCACCGACUUCCAGAGCAAGGCGCGCACACUUGGCAUCAUCGAGUAGCUGCAGUCGUGAUCCCAAAUGUCAAAUGCCAAUAGCCAAUUGCAAUUCAGUCGUGAAUACAUGAUAAUAAAAAAUUACGAUUGCAA